AUCUGACUUGAAUACGUUUGCCUUGAGGUUAGUGGCCGCAAACAUACUGUUAACGGAUACCCUCCACAAUAAAAUCGAUGUGCCCUAUCAGAGCGUGUAGCAGCACCCAAUGGAAACGAGUGGAGUAACUUCAAGGGCCCAACAAGUGUUGUUUAUAUCACUCAGUUUUACUGCACAAGUUUCUCCAACAAGCUAUCAAUUGCUACUUAUGGCAGAAUCGGCCUGCCCCGUCAUGAAACUGUAAAGAAUGAGUAAUCAAAGAAAGGGUAAGCAGAAUCAAUGUCACUAAGAGAUAAUGAAUGAUCAAGAAGAAGAAAACAAGAUCAAGAUAUUUCAUGACCCCAUACAUGGGCACAUUGAGCUUCACCCAGUUUGUUUAGCAGUGAUUGACACCCCACAGUUCCAGAGGCUCAGGUUCAUUAAACAACUUGGCAUGUGUUACUUUGUCUACCCUGGUGCUGCUCACAACAGAUUUGAACAUUCUAUUGGAGGCUGUUAUCUAGCUAGUCAUUUUGUGCGUACCUUACAAGAAAAUCAACCUGACUUGGGUAUUACAGAAAAAGACUUACUGUGUGUAGCAUUAGCUGGGUUGUGUCAUGAUUUAGGCCAUGGUCCAUUUUCCCAUUUGUACGAUGGCAAGUUUAUGCCUUUUGCAAACCCAGAAAAACAUUUCAAGCAUGAGAAAGCUUCAAUAGAUAUGCUUGACUACUUAAUAGAGCAAAAUGGACUAAUGGGUCCUAAUGGGAUUUUACGGAAAUAUAACUUUGAUAAUGAUGACAUAAUAUUUAUAAAAGAAAUGAUAAAUGGACCAAUUCAUGGCUCAGAGUUUAAAGGAAGAAGUAAGGAUAAAGCAUAUUUAUAUGAGAUAGUUUCUAAUAAACGAAACAGCAUUGAUGUAGACAAGUGGGAUUAUUUUGCUAGAGACUGUCAUCAUUUGGGCAUCAAGAACAACUUUGAUCACAUGCGGUUUAUGAAGUUUGCUAGAGUUAUUCAGGUUGAUGGUGAAUGGCAGAUAUGUAUUAGAGACAAGGAAGUAGCAAAUCUAUACUGUAUGUUUUACACAAGAUACAUACUGCACAAACAGGCAUAUCAAGACAAAGUUAACUGUGGAUUAGAAAUAAUGGUGUCAGAAGCAUUACUAAAGGCUGAUCCUUAUAUAGAAUGUAUAAAAAGUGAUGGGGGCACCUGUAGGAUAUCAGAAUGUAUUGAUGACAUGUUUGCAUUUACUGAUCUGACGGAUGACAUUCUCUUCAAAAUUCUCUACUCAGAGUGUCAGGCCCCAGACAUGCAGGAAGCUAAGGGAAUUAUCAAGCGCAUAUUUUGUAGAAAUCUUUACACUUGCGUCUAUGAAAGUAUACCUAUUGGGAUGGAAUGUUUAUCUAAAAUGAACCUACCCUUAACUUCAAUGCAAGUUGGGAGAGUGUCUGUUCAAACAACAUCAGCUAUAAGAUCAGAGUUAAUUAGAAUAGCUCAUGCUAGAGGGUAUCAACUUAAAGAAAAUGAUCUUGUUGUACAGAUUGCUUACCUAGAUUUUGGUAUGAAAGAAAAAAAUCCAGUGGAAAAACUCUUCGUUUAUUCUAAGAAAGAACCAAAUAAAGCAAGGCAUCUACCUCGUAAUGAAGCUAGUAUAAUUUUGAGUCCCAUUCAGUAUUCUGAAAUCCUGGUGCGUGUCUAUAGCUGCUGUAAAGAAAUGAAAGAAAUGAUUACCUCUGUAGCUCAACAAUGGUGUGUUCAACUGAUGAGUUAAUUAGUUGUCUCAUUAGCUGAUUAGAUGU